AUGAGAACCGGUAGAAACAAAAGAUUUAAUUUCAGUAGAAUCUACUCAUUCAAGUGUUGUGGCAAAGGAUCAUCUAAGGAUGACCUCUCGCGAAUCGGAGGUCCGGGUUAUUCGAGAGAGGUUUAUUGCAACGAGCCGGAUGGCUUGGAUGCAAGCCUCAGGAAUUAUUCGACCAAUUAUGUUAGGACAACUAAGUAUACUGCCGCAACUUUCUUGCCGAAGUCCUUGUUUGAGCAGUUUAGGAGGGUGGCUAAUUUCUACUUCCUAGUGAUUGGGACUCUUUCAUUCACCCCACUUGCCCCUUAUUCAGCUGUGAGUGCUAUUAUUCCCUUGAUUGUAGUUAUUAGUGCAACUAUGGCCAAAGAGGGUAUCGAGGAUUGGCGGCGAAAACAACAGGAUGUUGAGGUGAACAACCGGAAGGUAAAGGUACACGAGGGCAAUGGAAACUUCCGGCCAACCGAAUGGAAGAACCUGAAAGUGGGACACAUUGUGAAAAUCGAAAAAGACAAUUUUUUUCCGGCUGAUCUCCUCUUGCUCUCCUCCAGUUAUGACGACGCAGUUUGCUACGUCGAGACAAUGAACCUCGACGGCGAAACAAACCUUAAACUCAAACAGGGCUUAGAGGCAACCUCGUCCUUAAACCAGGAGGACAUCAAGGAUUUCCGGGCCCUCGUCAAAUGCGAGAACCCGAACGCAAAUUUAUACUCUUUCGUAGGAAGCAUGGAGUACGAAGGCUGUCAGUACCCUCUUUCCCCUCAAAACCUCCUCCUCCGAGACUCCAAGUUACGAAACACGGACCAUGUAUUCGGCCUCGUCAUAUUCACGGGCCACGACACGAAAGUCAUCCAGAACUCGACGAGCCCACCUUCCAAGAGGAGCAAAAUCGAGAGGAAAAUGGAUAAGAUUGUAUACCUCUUGUUCGGCAUCCUUUUCACGAUCGCCCUAAUUGGGUCUGUUUAUUUCGGUGUCGUGACUAAACGCGACUUGAAUAGAAGGUGGUACCUGAGGCCAGACGAGUCAAAUAUCUUUUUCGACCCCAAACGGGCCCCGGCUGCGGGCGUGUAUCAUUUUUUGACGGCCCUCUUGCUUUACGGCUACUUGAUCCCGAUCUCUCUUUACGUGUCGAUAGAGAUCGUGAAGGUCCUUCAGAGCAUUUUUAUCAAUCGUGACGUUUUCAUGUAUUAUGAGGAGGGUGAUAAGCCAGCCCGCGCACGAACGUCGAAUUUGAACGAGGAGCUCGGGCAAGUGGACACGAUACUCUCGGAUAAAACGGGGACUUUGACUUGUAACUCGAUGGAGUUUGUUAAGUGCUCGGUGGGUGGCACGGCUUACGGGCAUGGCAUGACUGAGGUUGAAAAGGCUACGGCUAAAAGAAAAGGGUCGUCUUUAAAUGGAAACGACGAUGUGGACAGUCCUAAACGGAGCUCGUCGGUAAAAGGAUUCAAUUUUGACGAUGAGAGGAUUGCAAACGGGAAUUGGGUGAACGAGCUCCGUUCAGAUGUUGUUCAGAGUUUUUUCCGGCUGCUGGCCAUUUGCCACACGGCAAUACCAGAUGUUGAUGAGAAUACUGGGAAAACGACGUAUGAAGCUGAGUCGCCAGAUGAGGCUGCUUUUGUUAUUGCAGCCAGGGAGCUUGGGUUCGAAUUCUUUAAGAGAACUCAAAAGAAUGUUUACAUGAAGGAGUUGAAUCCUAUCUCUGGGAAAAUAGUUGAAAGGUCGUUUGAGUUGUUAAAUGUUUUGGAAUUUAACAGUUCAAGAAAGAGAAUGUCAGUUAUAGUAAGGGAUGAGGAGGGGAGACUCUUAUUGCUUUGCAAGGGUGCCGACAGUGUCAUGUUCGAGAGGCUUGCUAAAAACGGAAGGGAAUUUGAAGAGCAAACGAGAGAACACAUGCAUGAGUACGCCAAUGCGGGCUUGAGGACGUUAAUACUUGCUUAUCGAGAUCUUAGUGAAGAAGAAUAUAAGACAUUUGAUAAAAAGUUCUUGGAGGCUAAAAACUCGGUCUGUGCUGAUCGUGAGACACUGAUUGAUGAUGUGACUGAAGGAAUCGAGAAAAAUUUGAUUCUGCUAGGUGCAACAGCUGUCGAGGACAAACUCCAACACGGGGUACCUGAAUGCAUUGACAAGCUGGCUCAAGCAGGAAUUAAGAUAUGGGUUUUGACUGGGGAUAAAAUGGAAACAGCUAUUAAUAUUGGCUAUGCGUGUAGUUUGCUCCGACAAGAAAUGAGACAAAUUAUUAUUACCUUGGAUAUGCCAGAGAUAAUUGCUUUGGAGAAAAUGGGAGAAAAGGAUGCAAUUGUCAAGGCCUCGAAGCGAAGUGUUGUCCGGCAGAUAAAUGACGGGAAGGAUCAAGUAGCUAAAUUAAGUUCCGAUGCUUUUGCAUUAAUCAUUGAUGGGAAAUCCCUUGUAUAUGCAUUACACGACGACUCGAAAAAAACCUUUCUUGAACUUGCAACUAGCUGUGCAUCUGUAAUAUGCUGCCGUUCAUCACCAAAGCAGAAGGCCCUGGUAACGAGGCUCGUCAAAGAAGGAACAAAGAGGACGACUCUUGCAAUUGGCGAUGGAGCCAAUGACGUGGGCAUGCUUCAAGAAGCAGAUAUUGGAAUUGGAAUUAGUGGCGUUGAAGGAAUGCAGGCUGUCAUGUCAAGUGAUAUUGCGAUUGCUCAGUUCAGAUUUUUGGAACGUUUACUUUUGGUGCACGGGCAUUGGUGUUACAGAAGGAUCUCGUCAAUGAUUUGCUAUUUUUUCUACAAGAAUAUCACUUUCGGUUUCACCGUCUUCUUGUACGAGGCUCACACAUCAUUCUCCGGACAGCCCGCUUAUAAUGACUGGUUCUUAUCCCUUUACAAUAUAUUCUUCACGUCACUACCCGUGAUUGCCAUGGGAGUUUUCGACCAAGAUGUAUCUGCUAGAUUCUGUCUAAAGUUCCCUAUGUUGUACCAAGAAGGCGUGCGAAACAUGCUCUUCAGCUGGAGCCGAAUAAUCGGGUGGAUACUCAAUGGCAUUAUGAGCGCACUCAUAAUCUUCUUCUUCUGCGUGCAAGCCUUAGGCCUGCACGCAUUCAACCGAGCUGGGAAAGUUCCGGAAUACCAGAUUCUUGGGGCCACAAUGUACACGUGUCUCGUCUGGGUCGUCAACUGCCAGAUGGCGCUUGCCAUAAGCUACUUCACUUUAAUCCAACACAUAGUCAUCUGGGGUGGGAUUAUCCUUUGGUAUAUUUUUCUUUUAAUAUACGGGGCCAUGCCAUAUAGAAUCUCCACCACUGCUCAUGCAGUUCUUGUCGAGUCACUUGCUCCGGCACCUUCAUUCUAUGUGGUGACUUUUCUUGUGGUGAUUUCGGCUCUCGUGCCGUAUUUCGUGUAUAACUCGGUGCAAAUGAGGUUUUUCCCAAUGUACCAUGGCAUAAUACAGUGGAUAAGGCACGAGGGUCAGUUGGACGACUCGGAGUACUGCAAUAACAUGGUGAGGCAGAGGUCGAAAAGGCCCUCAACGGUCGGGUUUAAAGCCCAAAAAAAAAACGAUUUUAUUCACUUCUCUACCGGUGUGCGGCGACCUUGGAGCAGCGACGGCGAUCGGCAAGGAGCGGAGACGGCGAGCGGCAACGGCCAGGAGAGGAGAGCAUACGAGGGGAUGACUCCAGUCCACCCCCAAAUCCUUUCUAUACUUCAAAAUCUCCAAGAAGGUCAGGUUAAGCUUCAGGAGGGUAUGGUUAAGCUUCAGGAGGGUCUAGUUCAGCAUCAAUUGUCGCUAAAUCAAACGAACCUGAGGUUGGAUGCAACCAUCAAGGUGGCUUCUGCAAGACACAUAAACAAGUCAAUAACAUUCAACGAACCUGAUGUGGCUUUCGAAGUCCUUCCGAAACAGCUCCCCGAUCAUCCAUGGAAGAACCCUCCGGACGUUCAAGGGACCAACUUGGAUGGGAGUUAUCAAGUGGGUGAUAACCCCCCUGCGGGGCUCGUCCCACGUAAUAUUGUUGAAUUGCGUGAUAUGAUGCGCCUCGAUGUGCCCGCCUUUCGGAGUCGCCUUCGAUUAAUAUAUUGGUUCUACAACGAUCCCCAUAUAUCGAUCCCCGCCGAUGCCAACCGCGACAGGUGCUUUCAAGGUUGGUACAACCUUGAGAGUUUUCUAGGUUUUCCCGAGGAGUAG